GAGGUUUUGGGCUUGUCAUUUGGAAAAGCCAAUUCCUACUUCCCACCCCAUCUUUCCCCUUUUUUGGUGCCUCUCUGAGAGACUCUUCAUUUGUGCCAUAGAUUUUGCAGAAACUGAGAGGUGUUCUCUGGUUGUGGGGAAUUGUGGGUGUCUUGAGAAAUUAACAGAGAAGCACAAAUGGGGCUCUCAAAUUUUCCUAGUGCAGCAGAGGGUGUGCUUCCAGUGCUGGUUAUGAACACAGUUUUGUCAGUGGCUCUGUUAAAGAACAUGGUAAGAUCUGUGCUCCAAGUGAUGGGUGCCAAUGUGAAUUCUCAGAGUUUUGAGGAAAACCAAGAUGGGUGCCCAGCAGAGAUGAUUGCAAGAGAGAGAAGAAUCUCCAUUUCCCAGUUCAAGUCUCUGUGCCACAGCAACAGCAACAGCAACAGCAGGCCCAACAAUACUCGGGUGGCCAAAACAAACAGUUGGGCAAUGGAGUGUUGUGUUUGUCUGUGUGGUUUUGAAGCUGAGCAAGAGGUGAGUGAAUUGUCCUGCAAGCAUUUCUUCCACAAAGGUUGCUUGGAGAAGUGGUUUGACAACAACCAUUCUACUUGCCCUCUCUGCCGCUCUGUUGAUUAGAUAUACAACAACUCUACAGAGGGUCUUUUACUAAGACGAGUUUUUUGGGCUUUGGAAGCAUUUCAGCUGUACUUUUGUUUUUGUUUUUGGGCCUUCUCCUUCCCUGUUAUUUUUUAGCACAAAUUAGAGAAAAGUUCUUGAACAAUGUUGCUUUGCUUUAUUUUGUGUGUGUACAAGUGCUAAGAAGAUUAAAAAUAAUAAAAGAAGCAGGGGAUUUGAGGCAUUAA